AUGUAUCACCUAGUCAAGAGCCUCUACUACCGCGUCACUAGUAAAGAAGAAUACUCCAUUCUCCUGCUCGGGCUGGACAAUGCCGGCAAGACCACUCUUUUGGAGCAGAUCAAAUCCAUCUUCGCCUCCCACCACGCGCCUCACGAGCCCAACCUUCGCACUGUGCCCACGGUAGGCCAGAACGUCAGCUUGAUAGACCUACCGGAUCUCUACCUCCGCAUCUGGGACGUUGGUGGCCAGCACAGCCUUCGUGGUUUGUGGCAAAGCUACUACAGCAGCGCUCACGCGAUCGUGUUUGUGGUUGACAGCACGGACAUUGGAGAUGGCGAUGCAGCGCACCUAUCUUCUUCUAUGGACCCUCCAGCUACACCGAAUCCGGCGACAUCAUCUGAACGGGAGGGCCGAUUGGACGAGUGCAAACUGGUGCUGGAGGACGUACUGCAGCAUUCUGACACCUCUGGCAUCCCCGUGCUCGUGCUGGCCAACAAGCAAGAUCGUGAGGACUGCGUGGAAGUUGUGCGUAUUAAGGAGGGACUUGUGAGGAAAGUGUUUGAGGGUGAGAAGGGGCAGAAUGUACGUGACUCAAGAGUGCUGCCGCUGAGUGCAUUGACGGGCACAGGCGUGAAGGAAGCCGUGGAAUGGAUCUGUUCACGGGUGAAAUGGAACAAAGAGGGCCGACCGCCAGUGAUGAGAUGA